AGUUGUUGUCAUCAGUCAUGAUAACCUUCGUCACUGGUAAUGCUAAUAAGCUUAGAGAAGUACAACAGAUCAUUGGAGGGUCUAUCAAGUUUGAUAAUAUCAAAGUUGACCUCCCCGAAUAUCAAGGAGAAAGCCCUGAGGCUAUAAGCAAACAGAAAUGUCUAGAAGCUUAUAAUAGGCUUGGUGGUAGUGGUAGGAAGGUUAUGGUUGAGGAUACCUGUCUUGGAUUUGAUGCAAUGCAUGGUCUACCAGGACCUUAUAUUAAAUGGUUUCUAGAGAAGUUGGGUCAUGAUGGAUUGAAUCGCAUGUUGGAAGGAUUUCAUGAUAAAGGGGCUGAAGCUAGAUGCACCUUUGCCUAUUAUGAUGGUACUACUGAUGAUCCUCUCACUUUUACUGGUAUUACACAUGGUGUAAUAGUACCACCAAGAGGGCCUAAUAGCUUUGGAUGGGAUCCUAUAUUCCAACCUAAUGAAGAUGGUACUAGUGGGAAGACCUAUGCUGAGAUGUCCAAGGAUGAGAAGAACUCUCUCUCACAUCGUAGUAGGGCCCUCCAAAAAUUAAAGGAUUUCCUUCUAGCUAACGAUAAUCAAAAGUAACUCUAUCCAGUUUCUGGC